AGCGCGCGCAAGAGAGAGAGAGAGAGUGCAGCUCAGCCUGAAUCAUGUCUGCAGUCAGGACUACGCUGCUGCUCUGGGUCUGGGUAGGUGUGUGGCUCAGUAUCCAUGGCGCCCUGGUCAUAUCUACGGAAACUGCAGAAACGAUAAAAUCUGACACUCCAAAACGUGUUGAGAAGCGAAGUGUAAAUGAUGCAGAGGUUGAAAUCCAGAGUGUGAAGUUGGAUUGCAAAGUGACGUCUCGCUUUGCUCACACCGUGAUGACCACCAAAGCUCUGAACAAAGGCAACUCCUCAAAGGAAAUAUUCUUCGAGGUGGAACUACCAAAGACUGCUUUCAUCACCAACUUCAGCAUGGAAAUUGAGGGGAAGACGUAUGUGGGAGAUGUGAAGGAGAAGGAGAAGGCCAAGAAGCAGUAUGAGAAGGCCGUCUCAUCUGGACAGACUGCUGGACUCGUCAAAGCAUCAGGGAGAAAGAUGGAGAAAUUCUCGGUUUCAGUGAACAUCGCAGCCGGCAGUCCAGUCUUAUUCACACUGACAUAUGAGGAAUUGCUGAAGCGCAACAAGGGAAACUACGAGAUCAUGAUGCGGGUCAAGCCAAAGGAACUGGUGCAGAAUUUUGAGAUUGUGGCAGACAUCUACGAGCCUCAAGGAAUUGCCUUCCUGGAUGCCCAUGGGACGUUCCUCACCAACGAGCUGCUGCCCCUGGUGGACAAAACUGUGAAUGACAAAAGGGCUCAUGUGUCCUUCAGCCCAACCCCUGAUCAGCAGCGGAAAUGCCCCGACUGUGAUGGUACGCUGAUCGACGGGGACUUCAUUAUUAAGUAUGACGUGAACCGUGCUGAAAGCAUUGGGGACAUUCAGAUAGUUAAUGGCUACUUUGUCCAUUACUUUGCCCCUGCGGACUUGCCGAGGAUACCAAAGAAUGUGGUGUUUGUGAUUGACCUGAGCAUCUCAAUGAGGGGAACAAAAAUGAGGCAGACAAGGGAGGCAUUGCUGACCAUUUUGAAUGACCUGCACCGUGAGGACUUUUUCGGACUGGUGUUGUUUGAUAGCAGAGUUGAAUCCUGGAAACCUGUACUGGUGCAGGCCACAGAAGAAAAUGUGGCAGAAGCUAGGGAAUUUGUGAAGACCCUUAUGGAAAGAGGAUGGACCAACAUAAAUGGCGGACUGCUUAUGGCAGAUGAGUUGAUUGACAGAUGCAUCCAACAGGAACUGCUGCCUGAGAAGAGUGUGACAAUGAUCAUCAUGCUAACAGAUGGCAAUCCCACUUCAGGGGAGACCAAUCGAGAGGUGAUCAAACAGAACGUCCUAGAAGCCAUUGGUGGAAAUUACACACUUUUCAACCUGGGCUUUGGUUAUGACCUUGACUACGGCUUUCUGGACUCCAUGGCUAAGCAGAAUGAUGGACUGGCCCGCAGAAUCUACGAGGCAGCUGAUGCUGCAGAACAGCUGCAGGGAUUUUAUGAGGAGGUGGCCAGUCCAAUCCUGUCCAAUGUGCAAUUCAAAUACCCUGAGGGAUCAGUAAACUCUUUGACCAACAGCAAAUUUAAGCAGCUCUUCAACGGUACUGAGAUUGUGGUGGCAGGACAACUACUUGACGAUGAUCUAAACAACUUCCUCAUUGAUGUCUUUGGAACUGGGCUGGAUGACUACGCAGUGCAGGGCAAGCCAAGUGUGCUGGACAAGGAGGUUGUAUUUCCAGAUCAAGAAUACAUUUUUGGGGACUUUACAGAGCGUCUGUGGGCAUACAUCACUAUUGAGCAACUCUUGGAAAAGAAAGAGAAAGGCACACCUGAAGAAAGGGCUAAUGCUACCGCUGAGGCUCUGGAUCUCUCCCUGAAGUACAACUUUGUCACCCCUCUCACAUCCAUGGUGGUCACCAAACCAGAGAAUGAGGAGAAUCCAGAUGAUGUCCUCAUCGCAGACAAACUCACUGAAGACCAGAGAUCAAGGCCUCAAGAUCAAGGUUCCUCUGCACGGUAUUCUACGCCUUCAUAUUCAUCCUAUAAUCCAACUUAUUAUGUUGAUGGCGACCCUCAUUUCAUCAUUGAAGUGCCAGCGAUGAGAGAUGCGCUGUGUUUUAACAUCGAUGACACACCUGGCACCAUUUUCAACCUAGUAAGAGAUCCUGUCUUGGGGAUUGUGGUGAAUGGACAAACCAUUGGGGACAAGAAAGUCAUCCCUGGAGCCAAGGUGAAUACAUAUUUUGGCCGCUUUGGGAUUGUUCAUCGGCCUUAUGGUAUAGAACUGCUAGUCAGCACAGAUGGGAUAUCCGUGUUUGUGAACAAGAAGGGAACAAAGUUCACCUGGACAGAAACCGCUUCAGUAAAAGAUGAAAACAUGGAUCUGCAUAUCACAAAAGACCGCAGUCUGACCGUGGCGCUGAAAGACUCUGUGAAGUUCGUCAUCAUGUUGCACAAGGUGUGGAAGAAGCACCCGUACCACCAGGACUACUUGGGCUUCUACACACUAGACAGCCACCUGCUCUCCCCCAGUGUCCACGGCCUGCUGGGUCAGUUUUAUCACGGCGUGCAGUUUGAAGUUGGCGACCUCCACCUAGGAGAAGUCCCUGAGAAACCUGAUGCCACAAUGGCUAUUAAAGGACACACUCUAACUGUGACUAGGGGCUGGCAAAGGGAUUUCCGCAGGGAAGUGAAGACCGGCGAGAAAGUGCCCUGUUGGUUUGUUCACAACAAUGGCACUGGACUUAUUGAUGGGAGCAUUGGAGACUAUGAGCUUACCAGUCUGUUUUAGCCAAGCACAAGAUUACACUGCCUCAGUAGGUUUAGGCCUACUAUUUCAAAUGUAUGAUUGAGGAAAUGUGUCAUCCAAUGUUUAUGUGUGUUGAAUAAAAGUAAUCAAUGGCUUGGGAAAA